AUUUGUUGGGUAAAAACUAAGCGACAAAUGUCAUGCAAUUUAUUAAAUGAACAGCAAUGACAGACAAUUGCUGUAAUUAUUAAUGAGCUAAUAGUAAGAAAUUUAAUUAGAAAUGGGACCCAAAAAAGGUAAAGACCCUACUGAAGAUGGAAAUUAUUGGAGAACAUGUAUUGAGGAGGCCCCACUGGACGAUGAUACAUGGAAGGUUAAAGUAGUCCUAAUUGAAGCGGCUGGAAGUGACCAAGAUCGUAUGUACUUAGAUAGAUUCGAGACUUACGCAGCGGAAGAAAGAAGAUUUGUCAUCAAAAAUAUAUGUAAAACAGAAACUAUAUUUAUGGUCAACCAACUUGGGGGAGAGAAAAAAGUGAAAGAUGACAAUUUAAGAGUAUUUGAAGAAGGCCAAGCCUACCUUAAGGACAAAAAAGAUAUUCCUGCUGAUAUUUUGGCUUUAAUAAUUAAACAUUUGAUUUUGAAGAUGAAGAGUGAAUACCUGUUUAUUAAACAUCAAAGAUUAGAAGUAAAAGAAGGUAUUCAAAGAGAGUCUGCGACGAUGAUAAAUAGGGCUGAAGUGAGAGGUACUGUUAACGUCAAGCAACCAGAACCCGCCGAGCCACCUGAACCACCAGCUAAAGGUAAAAAGGGUGAAACUGAAGUUGACCUGAAGGCGUUUGAGAUUGAUGAAAAUAAAAAGUAUAACACUAUGCUAAGGGUUAGGGGUGAGGAAUGGCGGGACAAAGUAUAUAUUGAUGACUAUCCGAUAGACGGGCCGAACCUUUACGUUGCUGUUACAGGUUUUGUUGAACCUGACUUGGCAGGUUGGCUGAUUAAAAUCGGUAUCCCCUUAACCGCUGUAGUUCAAGUGCGUAUAGAUUCGUCAGAUAGCGCUGUACCUUCAAAUUUGUAUCGAGCUUCGAAAAGAGGCCAAAGCCAAACUGAAUUAUUAAUGGAAAAAUCAUUAAAAUUUUGGGAGGAUCUGCAGCAGCUUCGUAUUCACAAAGAAACAGCGGACGAUUUUAAAAACACAGCAUUUGUUGUAUUCACUCCACCGUAUUGGGAUACAGAUGAACUUUCAGGAUCUCCAGAGAAAAUUUAUGAUGAACUAUGUUAUUUAUUAUACGAUGUACAAGAUUUGACUAGACAACACGUAAAUUUUAUAGAAAAUAUGGAUAUUAUAAAUAUACCGGAAGAAAAUAAAAAUGAUCGCUACCAAAAUUAUUACAAUAAGUUAAUAGAGGAAAUACCUUUGGAGUGUGUCAAUACCUAUUUAGUUUUGGAUAGCAUUAUACAGGUUGUUUGUAAUUGUGAUAUAAUGGAAGAGAGUAGCACGGGGUCCUUAUCAACAACACUGAUAUUCAAUCCAACAGAUCAAAAUAUGAAAGACGACGACAAAAUACGUAAAGCAGAAAAUCUCGUUAAAGAUGUUAUGGGACAAUUGUGUAAAACUGACAUAGACAAAAAGAAAUAUCGUUUAACUUACGGAGAGGAAUACGAAAGUCACAAAAAUCCUAUUGUUAUAAUACAUGGUGAUAUUUGCAAAUACAAUACUUUUCAUCUCGGAAACAUAAACUUAGAUGACAUCGUGUGGUCUAUGCUGUUUGGCAUGCCAAUUCACAGUUUAUUCCAAAACAGAUCUAAAGCCACAGGCGAAAUAGAAGCUAAGAUAAAUUUUCACGUCAACGUCCUACUAUCGUGUUUUGAUAGGAAUGAUGUUGAAACUGCCGAGUUAGACAGACUUUUACAUAUAUUAGCCUGUCGCAAGCUGUAUAACAAUAGAAGUUCAUUGAAAAAACAUCAUUUAAUGUCCUCAAACAUUACAGAAUUUAAGAAGACAUAUUUAAAACGAAGCAUUCUAGCGGAACCGUUGACUAAGUCAUCUGUCUAUAAAUCUGGAAGUUCAAUAUCACAUUCAUUCCCAUCGAUAAUUAAGAGCUUAGAAGGUUCAAGCAAAUCUUCUCUCGACGAAGACGAUGAAUCUACUCGCAUUAAAUUUCUAUUCGACUGUCCAGAUAUCAGUGAGUUAGUGUCCGCAGCCGAGAUAGCAAAUGAAAAACCGAUUAGUCACAUGAUAGAAAAUUAUGAAUUUUUUGAAGACUUUAAUGGUACAUGUGCCUUUCAAAUACUUUUAGAAGCUUUUAAUAGUUUCAAUUGCGUUGAUUACAAAUAUUGUGAAGUGACAGAUUGCAUUAUAUUGAUGUUUUUUAAUAGUCAUGACAAGGAAGGUGUAGCUCGAGAAGAUUGGCGUUGCCAUAUUUCUACGCCCCUUUGUUUGCAGGAUUUUUUCGAUUUCGUUCUAGAAGAACACAUAGAUUGGGUCCAGAAAGAGGAAAAAGCUUACGACGAAAACAUGAUGCUCAAGUCUCUGUCUGAAUGUAAAGACUCUAAAGAUUUAUUAGCGACUAAAACGUGUGUAGAAAAUUUGGAUGUGGAUAUGGAACUGCUUAUCGAGGGUUCACUUAAAUUUGAGGAAUUUAAUAAAAUAGAAGCUGUUAGUGAAGAGACCUCCGAGUCAAAACUAUUUUCAGAAAAGAAAAUUAACUCGCCCAGAUCUACUAUAGAAGCAGAUUCUAGGAGUAGCAAAAAAACUAAAACAACAGCAAAUUUGACGCCGAAAUUCGAAACUGAAAAAAACGCAGAGGAAGAAAAAAUUAAAAGACCAUUUUCUGGUUACGAUUUGGGGGACAGGAGGGUUGAAGUUUUUGGCAAAGAUUCUAUUUAUUUUUCUAAAGACGGUACUAGAGUAUCGAGUUUUUAUUCCUUGUUAAUUCCAAUGAAUUUAGAAUAUGUUAUAUUAAAUGUGAAACCGGGCUAUGAAUGUAAUGAGUUCUGGAUGCACAAAGCUUUGGGUGAUUUUGUAACACCUGACGUGAUUGAUAUAUGUGAGUCAUUUAGAAUUAAAUGUAAAGACGACGUCACGGUGUACCUAAAAAAGCAACUAUACCAGGUGCCAGUUCCGGUAGUCAAUACUUCACGAGAAAACACUAAAACCAAAGAUAUUACAAAAUCACCAGAUACGAGUAAUAUAAUCCAAGAAAUAUUUAAUACUAAAUCGUUUCAUUCUUUUUACGUAACGUGGCCCAAUGGCGUUAUAACCGAGAGUGUACACGAAAACAAUUCCCCCACGUUAUCCCACAUCAAGCAGUACAAUUCCUCACAAUCAUUUGACGAUAAAGAGGAAAUGCGAUGUAUAAGUUUGAAUGGAGAAGUAAUAGUUUUUCUAACUAAUGGGGACAUAGAAAUAUUAAAACCGGAUUCUACUUACAUCAAAAUAACUAAAUGCGAAAAAAGAUCCGUUGCUGAAGAAGUUGAAGAUAUUAACAGCAUUGCCAGUUCAGAUAAAAGUAAAAAAGGUAAAGGUAAAGAGAAAGGGAAAGAAAAACUAAGUAAAACCUCGUCUAAAACAUCCAAAAAUAUCUUUGAUGACACCAACAUAAAACCAGUCGAAUUCGAAUUGGUUAUCGACGAAUUUGAAUCAAUAGAACCAAAUGGCUUAAGGCAAAGGUGCAUUGAAGGGGACACUAUUGAUAUUGAAAAAUUACUUAUAAGAACAGCAACUGAUUAUUGUUUGGGAGAGGUAUUUUCGAAACGUAUGGAUGGAACGACUACAUUAUUAAAUAAAGACGGAAUACACAUAGUUACAUUUCCCAAUAAUACUAGGAUUCUAACAAAAUUUAUCAUUGAAGACGCAGAAGUGUACCCGGAGUGGACUUUAGAAGAAAUUGAAUAUCUAUCUAUGUUCGCUUUUGACGUUGAGGUGGAAGCUUUAAAGUCUAAAAGUUCGAUUUCCCAAAAAAGUUUUGCAGCUCCAUACAGCUUCGGCCAGGGUGAAGAAAGUAACAUUAGUGAAAAACUCAAUAUAGAGGAAGAAGUUUGUGAAGAGGAACGCAAAGAUGGUUACAUUUCAGUGCAUAUAAUUUAUACGAUAGAACAUGCCAAUUUCACAACAAUAACAAUUGAUAAAUCUAACGACAAAAUAUUAGUUGAAUCUCCAAAUAAUUCCCGGGUUACGUACGAAAGUAACGGAAAUUAUGAAUUCACUUUGGAUUCUCAAACAUCUGCCAAAUUCGAUGGCGAAAACCUAAACAUCUCUUAUGAGGCAUGCCCUGAAUGUAAGUCCUUCACUAGUUGUAAUGUUAAAAUUAAAUCCGAGGAAUUAAGCAGCGUAACACAAAUGCAAAGAAACUGGCUGAAAAUGAAUGAUUCUCUGUGCAAGAAAAUAGUUGUUAAUGAAGAGGGAAAUAUCAACAUUGUACAAGAAUCCUGUUGCGAUAAUGUAUUUCAUGAUAAGGAUUCUGUAUUUUCAGAAGAAUUGACAAAUUCUGCGGAUCAAAAUAAUAAAGACAGAGCAGAAAGUUCUAUUAGCCCAAAUGGUAAAUGUAGAGAGAACUACGAAGCGAAAGCCUUAAGAUUCUUUGUACUUAGGCGCGAACUAACCUGUUCAGAGUUGGUGCAUCGUGCUCUUAUAGAACAGUAUAAAUCGAAAUGUCGAUGGAAGCCAUGGUGUUCCAUUAAUCAGUACGAUACCUUUGGUGAUCAUCGGACAUUGUGGUCUAUUCUAUCUCCUGUGCAGAUUAACGAAACUGAGAAAUGGCUCAUGGAAUCCAAACUUGCAAAUAAACCAAAGCAUUUGACUUAUAAGGAUCUAGAAAAAGACGCUGGGAAAGGUUUUUAUCAUUGGAUGCGACCAUACAAAAGGUUUCAACCAAAACCUAUAAAACCCGACAAUGUCCUACCUGAAAGAUUACCUAGAGCAUAUGUUUUACGAACUCUUGAGCAGCAGUGGAGAGACGGCGAUCGGGAAGAGUUGAAAGGUGCGAAGGAGUUGUUAAAUGCAAUCCUCCGUUAUCGACAUGUCAUGGAGGCUGACAGUGAAUUGAUUCUAAAUGUUCCUAUUUACGACCCAAGACCAGAAGACGAGAGAACUACGGGCGAGAUAGUUCAAGCUAUAGCCCAUAAGGUCUAUGAAGAUUUGAAGAAUCGCUUGAAAGAAGACGUUCAAAGCCGUGCUAGACCGUCCAUAACAACUAAACCAGCGCCACCUGAAGACCUAUCGAUACAAGGAGAGGUAGAUGAAGAUGAUCGUGAGGAGUUUUUGGACAUCGAAGAAGAAGCGAAUCCUGCGCUGAAGGAGGCAGACUCCGCCGUUCAGAUGUCAAGCAACCUCAAGCGUUAUUGGCGUCGGCGUGCCGAGGAAUAUAAGGAAGAACAGUUUUAUAGGUAUUUGCUGCGUGAGGGCAGUGUUCCGCCUUACUUUAGAAACGUCCUCGGCGGCGCCAUCUGGUGGGAGAUGAACAAUACAACAGAUGAAGCGGUGACGAAGUCUGAACGUCGCAAGAUGAAGUGCGUGUGCGAAGAAGAAUCUUCCCCCCUGCCAGAAAAUCCUUCUGAAAUUUAAGUUCUGCGAAUUUAAGUUAGAGCUCUUGUAUUAAAAGAUAUUCUACUGUCGUCAUAGAUAGUGGGGUGUAUAGGAAUUUUUUGUUUUGGGCACAGAUAAUGAUAUCUUAGUUAUUGAUAUAAGUUGACACUAUUUAUCGAAUUCUAUAUCUGAUUCGGAAAUAAAGAUUUAAUGUCAAAAAAAGUAUCACAGGCAUAAGACAUGUGAGGUACAUUCUUGUUUACAGCGCAGUGUUUAAUUCCAAAAAGAAAAAGUUGUGCCUAACGAAUAUUAUAUUUAUAUUAAUAGUAUGAUUACAAAGUUUCUUAGGUAUAAAGGUUGCCAAAAAAGAGACUGGCUUUUGAAUUUAUUUUAAUUAGUAUAGAUUGUAUAAAUUAUACAUGGUAAUUAUUUGCGUCUGUUAAAUCACUGGUGAAAAUAUAAUUUACAUUAAAAAUAAUACUUACGCCACAAAACGACCUUAUCUAACUUUUAAAUAGUAGACGUCUUUUGUUUUUUUUUUUUAUUUACUUUGCAUUAACAGCGGGAUCCCAUAAAUAUUAUGACAUACUUAUUUAACUUUGUUCAUUUAAGUGAUUAUUAGUAGGUAUUUAUACACAUCAGCAUACUGAAAAGCAAGGUUUCUUGUGUUUGCAGAAUAAAAAAAAGGGCGAGUUAUUGUUGUAAUCAGCUUUUGUACCUAGGUAAAUACCUACCUAUCGGAGCAAAUGCUACACAAAGGUCGGAUAUCACGGCUUACACUCCGUACAAAGGUAGUGGGAAAUGCUUUGAAAUUUACAAACAUAUUAAUAAAUACAAUU